AUGGGGUCCUCCUUCAGUGCGGAGCUGAGCGACACGCGGGAGCUCGCGAGCGUCUUCCUUGACGCCUUCGGCCGCGAGUACGAGAAGCUCUACAUGUGGUUUAUGGUCCAACGGGUGCGGAGGGCGAUGCAGCACGAGUCCGAGGCCCGAAACGGGGGCACGGCGGCGUGGAGGUUGUACCGCGCCCCGGAGGUCCCUGCGCAGGUCAACGACCGGGACCAGUUCAUGGCCGCCAAGCUGAGUAAGCACUGGAAGCGCUGGAGGCCCCGCUUCUUCGUCGUCCGCGGCGACUUCCUGCUGGACUACUACUGCUCCCGCAACGACUACCUGGAGCAAAAGCAGCCGCUAGGGACCAUUAACUUGGGCAGCGUCGCGGUGAACUGCAACGCCACGCAGGCGACGGAGGAGCGGUUGGAUCGAUUAGCCGCCGCCUGCUCCGUCGUCCGCGCCGAAGUACCACCGCCUGAGACGUACCCGGAGCUGACGGUGGAGUUGUACCAUCCGCGGCGCGGCAGCAUCCAUCUGCAGUUUCCCAUGAAGGACCGCUACGAGGUGUGGUGUGGCGUCUUCAACCGGACCCACUGGCUCACGGAGCGCCUUGCGACGAAGGACAAGGUCCAUCAGAGGGCGUUUAUCGAGGCACUGCGCCGCGCCCGUGUGAUGUGCGGGCUGCCAGACUCGCUUGAGUUCAGCGGGGUCGAGACGGCAAUUCUGCAGGACGCCAUUACGGAGCUGGUUGAUGCUCAAGUUGUUCCAAAGUUUCUGCUGAAGAUGUCCGGAAGCUCUUGGAAGGAUCGCAUGUCACGGCUGCAUUUGUUUACCGCGGCCUCCGAUGAGUUGUUGCGAAAAUUUGUCUGGGGGAAAUGGCACGCAACGCAGGGGAAAACGUGCAGCCGUAGAAUGAUGGUGGAGGCGAGUGUGCGGGACAACAUGGAGCAGUUAAACGCCUUUGAGGAGCCGCUUCGGGAGGAGGUGCACAACUACAUGAGCGGUGAGACCAGGUCCUUUCUGGCGGCGCAGGUGGAGGUGCCGUUGAGGAAGCUUGCAGCCAAAGUGGCGACAAGGCUCUGCGGGGUGUACGCCACCUUGCCGAGGAUAUACGUGGCGUGCGUGUCGCAGGGCAAAGUCUGCUACGAGCCUAGGGCUGACCGCAUGUUCCUUGCCUCGCUGUAUAACUCCAUUGGGGAGUGCUACGAGGCGGAGCGGAGCCUGUGGCAGCUGCGCGAGCCCAUCGCCGCCAUGAAGUGGGAGUUCAACGACCGCGUCUUUGAGUGGCGGGCGGUGGAGGAGGGCGUAGUCAUGCCGCUGCGCCGCGUCAUCGCCAACGGCGUCUUCACCUUUGAGACGCUCUUUGAGCGCGAUAAAAUUCGGCGGCCGUGGGAUGCCGUGCUGCGCGAGGUUCGCGACCUUGUCGAGGGCGACGCCCGCACGACGGCGCAGGAGUCCCUCGCCGCCCUGCUCUACGAGACGGCGGUGCACUUUUUCCGCGACGAGCACGUGCAGCCGUCGCUGAAGCGCCUCAAGGCCACGAUGAUCACCCCGCUCGAGAACCGCGUGACGGACGAUCUCCGACCGUUCAUCCUCAGCGUGCAGGAGAUUGUCGCGGACGUCCUUGAGGGCGACUUGCGCGAGAUGUGCCGUGGCAUCGCCGAAGGCGCCAUCCGGGACGCAUGA